UGUCCAAUUCAAUGAGUCACGGAAACAACACACAACUCGUUCACCUUUAGAUCAAGGUUUUUUUUUUUUUUUUUUUAAAGGUUUAAAACAAUUUGACUAGGAAACACUUAGUGUUGUGUAAGAAAAGGAGCAGAUCUGAAAUCAAAGAAACUCAUCUUUCAAUCAGAUCUUUAUCAUUAUGUAAAUUGUCUCCCUCACUCACUCCCUCACUCCAUCCCUGUCUUACCAUACCCAAAAUCUCAAAUAAAAAUGCCUAGACCUUUUUUUCAGAAGCUAAUUCUCCCUGGCACUAUCAGAGAAAAGAGACUGGAGUGGACUAUGUGAAGGAAGGCCAACUGGAAUUGGGUUUUUAUUAUCCUGCUUUCGUAGCUUUUUGUUUAGCUCAGUUUUUUGCACAGCGGGAUUUUUCUCUGGAAAAUAUCUUUUGAAAAAAAUAUGUUUUGAGAUACUAAGAAUUGAUAAUUCAAUCGAGAGUCCAUGAAUGGAAUUAUGUCAGAGAAAAGAAAUGUUUGCUUAGAUAUUGUUGGAAGAAAUCCUUUGUUCAGCUUGUAGAGUUUUGUUUAGGUUUGUUUCUGAUUCAAUCAAACAAGGUGGUUACUGGUUUGUUGAAAAUUAUUUACAACAAAAGGUUACGAUACUAUGAUACAGCUAAUUUAAAUUGGUUAUAGUUUUGCAGAAAGAAAAAAGAAAACAAAGCGUUAGCUUACAACUACAGUAUGUAUGACAAUUCACUGCAAGGGAAUGGAAGUAGAAUAGCAUUUCCUUCUUGCAUUACAUAACAUUCCACCACAACAUGGAAGUUUUAGUUUAUCUUCAUAAAGGUUUCUUGGAAAUUAAAGAAGCAUGAUAAUAGUUGACGUCUUGAUUUGUUUUGGUGUACUGGAUUGUCACUUUAUUCUAAGAUUGCUUAGUAAAAUUGGACAAAAUGAAGCAUGGAAUUGUUUUUAAUGAAUCUACUUGCUUUCAAUCAUUCUAGAGAUUUGAAAAGCUUUCUUUAGCUCACUGAUUAUGACCUCUAGAAAAAGCAUAAACUUCUAGAUUUCAUUUCCUAUUUAUUUUGAUGAUAUCUAGACAAGGAGCUUGCAGGUUCUGUUGUAUACUGUGCAUUAAAUUUGUCUGAUGGUUUAUCUUUCCAAACCUGAUGUGUAGGAUCAUUAGAAGAUGUCAUGUAUGGAAACAAGUGGUGGCAUUGAGAAAAACAAUCAUUUUCAAUUAAAACAAAAACAAUUAGUUUCACCAGGAUCAACUGUAGCCUGCAGUUGCUACUGUGCUUUGUGGUUUGAGUGGCUCAUGAAAUUAGCAAUCAUAAAACACCAUCAUGCUUGGGUCUUUGGAGAUGAAUGUGCUUUUGGACCUCUUGGUAUUCUUCUUUAUUGUUUGCUCACAAAACAAAGCUUAUGUUCGUGUGUUCUAAAAUUUUGAGCCUACUUGGAGACAAUUUCUUACAUUUCAUUGUAGAGUUGCUGUCAACUAUAAGGAAAUGGGACGAUCCAACCUUGUGCAAAUUUUUUAUUGAGUUGAGCUUAUCCACAUUAUCGUCAUCUGCAACACUACAUUAUGGGAGCAAAAUGUUUGAUUCUCCUUUGGGGAAAAUGGAGCCUAACUUGGUUUGGUUUUCUGCAGAGGAUCCCAGAUAAUUUUGUCAAGAAAUUUGGACAUGACUUAUUGGGUUUUGCGAGACUCAUUGUUCCUGGUGGUCAUGUGUCUCGCAUAGGAUUAAUAAAAGCUGAUGAAAAAUUAUGGUUUCAUGAUGGUUGGCAGCAAUUUGUCGAACGCUUCGCUAUUCACAUUGGAUACUUUUUGAUCUUUCAAUAUGAGGGGAAUGCAAUUUUUAAUGUUCAUAUAUUCAAUUUGCCCACUUCUGAGAUAAAUUAUCACUCCAACUCUCUUAGUGGGAAAAUAUAUCUUGCAUUUGAAGAAUUGGAAGAUGAUGACAGUGCUGCAAGCUCAGGCAUCCCCACCACACAACUGAUAGUCAACAAAAGUUACAAUCCUCCUGCCUUGCAGAAUUUGCUCAGUGGAUCUAAACUUAAUAAUUGCUUAAAUUGGGGUGGUGAAGAGAAUAUGCACUUAACAAAGAGUGCUAAUGUUUCACAAGUGGCCAAUGAAUCGGCACGAAAUGUAUUUGCUCAAUACAACGAGCAUAAGAAUUCUCAAGAAGAAGUGAAACUCUACAGCCCAGAUGGAGAAACACCAAAACUGAAAAAACGUGGAAGGAAAAGGCUGAAAGUUGAUCCCAAUGAGCAGCAGCUGUCAUCUCCAAACGAAGACGAUGGUGAAAUGCGCUUUAGAUUUUAUGAAAGUGCUUCUGCAAGAAAGAGAACCGUCACUGCUGAGGAACGAGAAAGAGCAAUGAAUGCAGCUAAAGCAUAUGCACCUGAUAAUCCUUAUUGUAGGGUUGUCCUACGACCAUCAUACUUAUACAGGGGUUGCAUUAUGUAUUUGCCAUCUGGCUUUGCAGAGAAGAAUCUAAAUGGACUUUCGGGGUUUAUGAAACUUCAGUUACCUGAUGGGAAACAGUGGCCAGUUCGUUGCCUUUACAGAGGAGGCAGAGCUAAAUUUAGCCAGGGAUGGUAUGAAUUCACGUUGGAAAAUAAUUUAGGGGAAGGUGAUGUGUGUAUCUUCGAGCUGCUGAAAUCCAGAGAUGUCGUGCUGAAAGUUACAGUAUUCCGAGUUCUCGAAGAUGGUGGACUUAUGAACCAUCCUUAACUAUAAGAUACCAUCUGCAUGAAAUUAGAUAGACAUUUGAUGUUUAGUCAUUUCUGGAUUGGUAAACUCUAUCAAGUAACGCCCUUUUCAAUUCGGAUGAUCUGUGGCUGUGGUUUGUGGUACUUAAAUGUUUGAUGUCAGAGCAAAUUUGUAGAACUUUCAGUUGUUUAGGUGCUUGAACAGAAAGUUGUGGCUUGAGGAGGCCUGUAAAUAUACUGUCCAAUCCAGUUGACCUCAAUGGAGCAGAACAACUGAUCUUAGGCCUAA